AUGGUGAAUCUGCAAUGUCGUAUGUACGAGAAUCCCUUUCCAGACCCCGACGAUCUCGUAAUAGCAGUUGUGCGAGACAUCCAAGAAAUGGGCGCGUACGUGACACUCCCCGAGUACGCAGACUGCCAAGGCAUGAUUAUGCUGAGUGAAGUUUCAAGGCGAAGAAUACGUUCGAUCAACCGGCUUCUUCGUGUUGGCAGGCAGGAGGUUUGUAUGGUUGUACGUGUUGAUCAGGAGAAGGGAUACAUCGACUUAAGCAAGCGGCGCGUCUCUCCCGAGGACGUGCAGAAAAUGGAGGAAAAAUGGUCCAAGUCGCGCACUGUGCACUCGAUCAUGCGGCACACUGCUGAAUCUGUUGGAGUAGACCUAGAAGAUCUUUACAAGCGCGUAGGUUGGCCGCUCUACCGCAAAUAUGGCCAUGCGUUCGACGCCUUUCGCCUCAUGGUGGCCGACGGGAACAUUGACAACCCCGUGGCCGUCGAGGCGAACGUAUCUUCGGUGCUGGGCUCUCUGGAUAUUGGUCCCGAGGAGAAGGAGGAGCUACUGAAGAGCAUUCGUCGAAAGCUUACUCCGCAGGCGACGAAAAUUAGAGCCGAUAUUGAUGUCACUUGUUUCGACUUUGAGGGUAUCGACGCUAUCAAAGAGGCAUUGCGCCUUGGCACUGAGUGCAUCACGCAGACGUCGAAUUCCGUGAAAAUUCGUCUGUUAGCGCCGCCAACGUACAUACUCACAACGAGUGCGCUACAGCGGCAAGAAGGCCUGGAAGCGCUUGCGAAGGUCAUCGAAGUCAUCCGCAAUGAGAUUGAAGCCCGUCGGGGCAAAUGCGUAGUGAAAGUUGCUCCCCGCGUCGUGAGCGAGCGCGAUGAUCGCCUGCUGUCGAAUCUCAUGGAAGAGUUGGAGCUGCGUAACCGAGAGGUGCCCGCGGACGAUGAAGGGGACGACGAUAGCGAAAGCUCUGCUUCGGAUUCAGACUAA